GCUGGCAGCUUGGCUGUAACACGAGCAGGGCGGGUACCAGCGGAGAGAAGGCGGGCCGCCGGCCCUGGGAGACGGCAGAUCCCGCUGAAGCCGUCAGUCUCUAAUCUUCCGAGCGGUUUGUGGGUCCAUCCAGCCUGAUGCGGCGGUUCGCUCGGCCCCGACUCCACGCCGCGACUCGGACGCCGUGGGGCGGAGUUUGUGCAAAGUGAUUGGGACGGUGCAACCCAGGCCGAGCCCAAGGAUCCCAGCGAGGUCCCACCCCCGGCUCCUGCCCUCUGCCACCUGGCUGGAUAGGAUCCGCCAGGUCAUUGUGGGGAAGGAGAACACAUCUGCACAGGAGCGCUCAGCGAGCCGCCUUUAAACCCCGACCAUGUCCGAUUCAGAUGACAUAAGUGAGUUUGGCUUCAUCGUUGACAGGAUCUCUCGUGGUGAGGUUCCCAUUAAAAACAUUGAGCGGGAGCUGAUCUGCCCAUCCUGUAAGGAGCUCUUCACUCAUCCACUGAUCCUGCCCUGCCAGCACAGUGUCUGUCACAAAUGCGCCAAGGAACUGCUGUUCUCCAGAGAGGAUGCAAACAACGAUGUGGACUCGGAGUUCUCCAACCCAACCACUCCGGUCAGCAGCCCCAGAGCUCGCCGCCUCUCCUCCGCCAGUGUGGAGAGGCUCGACAGACUCACCCGGACAGCCUCACUGCGAAGGUCAUUCGGGAGAAAAGGCUGGAAACGAACUAUCCACAGUCAAGGAGUUACCACCUUCCCUUGUCCUAGCUGUAAACGUGACAUAGAUCUCGGAGAACGAGGCAUCAGUGGUCUGUUCCGAAACUUCACUUUGGAAGCGAUUGUAGAGAGAUACAGGCAGGCCGCCCGAGCUGCGGUGGCCAUCAUGUGCAACCUCUGCAAGUCACCGCCCAGCGAGGCUACAAAGAGUUGCAUGGACUGCAAAGCCAGCUACUGUAAUGAAUGCUUCAAACUUCAUCAUCCCUGGGGGACUCCAAAGGCUCAACAUGAGUAUGGCGGACCAACCACCAACUUCAGACCCAAGGUUUUGAUGUGUCCUGAGCAUGAAAUGGAAAAAGUGACCAUGUACUGCGAGGUGUGCAAGAGGCCCGUGUGUCACCUCUGUAAGCUUGGUGGAUCACAUGCUAACCACAAAGUCACUUCUAUGAGCAGUGCCUACAAAAUACUCAAGGAGAAGCUGUCUAAGAGUAUCGGUUACCUCAUCAGCAAAGAGGACCAAGUGAAAACUCAAAUCUUUCAACUGGAACACAUGAUUGACCAGACAGAGAGGAAUGGAGAGAAGUCAAGAAUGGACGCCACUAAUUUGAUGGACAAGCUGUGCAGCAUCUUGGAACAGCGCAAGCUGAAGUUUAUCAAGUCGAUUGAGGACAGCCGUACCUCAAAGCUGGAGAGAUUGCAAUGCCAAAUGGAUGAAUACCAGGGAAUGCUGGAAAAUAGUGGAUUGGUGGGUUAUGCACAAGAGGUUCUGAAGGAGACAGACCAAUCUUGCUUCGUUCAGACAGCAAAGCAGCUGCACACCAGGAUCCGAAUGGCCACUGAAUCUUUGAAAACUUUCCAGCCGGCUGCAGAACCUUCUUUCACAGAGUUCACUCUGGAUGCUUCCAGAGAGGAGGAACUGCUCAAAGAAUUGUCUUUCACAAAUGUUCCAGAUGCACCGAUUAUUGACCAGAAGCAGAGCUGGCUGUAUGACGAAGGAAUCAUCUGUUGGCAGCAGCCCGGAGGCACACCUCCUGCCGACCACUAUAAACUCGAGUACAGGAAACUUGACCAAGGUGGAGACUGUGUCUGGCAGACUACCGAGGAUGUGAGUGGAACAAGUAAAGUCAUAAGCAACCUCGACACCAACAGCAGCUACCUCUUCAGAGUGAUGGGGUGUAAGAAUUCUACUUACAGUGACUACAGUAAGGAAGUCACAUUCCGUACACCACCUGCUCCAAUUUUUAGGUUUUUAUUUGAUGAGAAUUGCGGCUACAACAGUGAUCACCUGAUUCUCAACAAACAAAGAGACUCUGUGGAGAGUGUGGCUGGGUUUCCUCUGCUGCUGGGUGCAGAGCGGAUUAUGGCCGGAAGUUACAUGUCUCUGGACUUCAUCACGGGAGACACGGGAAUAACAAAAGGGAAAUACUACUGGGCCUUCCGUGUGGAUGCAUCCUCCUACCUGGUGAAAGUUGGCGUGAUGUCCGAUGCCAAGCUGCAGGAGUGGUUUCACAGUCCACGGGAUAUCAACAGCCCCAGGUAUGAUCAUGACAGUGGUCACGACAGUGGGAGUGAAGAUAUUGCUUUGGAACACUCCCAACCUUUCACUUUUGUUACCAUAGGAAUGAGGAGGUUCUUCAUCCCAAAGAGUCCUUCCACUUCAUGCACAGACUCAUGUGACCGCUACCUAUCCAUGCCCAAUCAGAUUGGCAUUUGCUUGGACUAUGACAAAGGGAAAGUCAGCUUCCACAAUGGAGACAACAUGCAGUGUCUGUAUGAGAGGCGCGUGGAAUGUUCUGGAACAAUGUACCCGGCCUUUGGGCUAAUGGGAGGAGGGGGAGUACAUUUGGAGGAAUUAGUUAUAACGAAAGAUCUAGUUUCUUAAUUCUUGAUUGACGGGAGGCUUCUUUCCAUGAAUUUGAAAAAAGCUUUUAGGAAAAUGGUUUGUUUCCCCUGUUCGUGGCACUUUAAGGCAUGCAUUGCUUGUAAGAACCUGGCGACGUAAUUCAACAAGUGAUUGGUCCUCAGUACAAUUUGUGCAAUACACAUUCACUGAUUAGAUUGAAUUGUAGUGGGCAGCCUAAAGGGCCUGUCCCACUUGGCGAUUUUUUUCGGCGACUACCGGCGUCAUAUCAGUGUCGCCAAAAGAUUUUGAACAUUUCAAAAUCCAGCGGUGACAAAAAAAAUGUUGAGGCACUUGAAAAAACACCGUGCAUCCAUACAUCAUCACGCUGCAUCACACCGCGAAUUUCUCGUGACCUGAUACGUCAGUCAAUGAUGCCGGCAGUCGCCAAAAAAAUUGCCAAGUGGGACAGGCCCUUAAUGCUCUGUGAAUUCUUCACUUCCUUCUUCCCCUCUGCUUCACUUUGUUUUUGGUGCAAAUAGAAUCACACACCUUUACGAAAAGAAAAUAAUGCGACAGAAGUGUGUUAAUAAUCUUGUUAAUGUAUAUGAGGUAGCCACAAAUCACAGUUUGCUAUUUAAAGUUUUCAAAGUAAAAUGUUAAAUCC